AUGUCGUUAACAAAAAUUUCUAGAAAUUUAAUAUUAAUAAAUCGUAAUAAACCAACAAAGCUCUUGUUAAAUGCUAAUAUAGUAGCUCCACAUUUAUUGCUACCAAAUAUAAUAAAAUAUUCAACUUUAUCAAUAAAUAUCUACCCUAAUAAUCAUCAACAGCAAAACUAUAGAAAAGCCAUUUCAACACGCGUCCGUCAACUUGUUACUAGUAUUGUUGAUGAUAGUAGUAGUAGUUUGGAAACUGACGCAGAAGAAAAGUAUCAAGAAUUAAAACGAAAAAUUAGUGAACUUGACCAGACAAAAAUUAAUGAUUUGGCAGCAAAUGAAGAAUGCGACAAACUCAAAAAUAGGGAGGAUUGGAGUAGAUUAGUGGUGGAAUUUGUUGAUGAAAAUGAAAUUACAAUGGCACUUAAACUAUUUGACAAGAUGAAAUCAUUAUCAUUGUUUCCUAACCAAGAAGCAUUCACUGCAAUGUUGAGAGGUUUAAGUGAAGAAAACGUUUCGGCAAACCCCGUAAGACAUUUAAGAAAAAUUAUUGAUUUGAUGAAUGCAAAAAGCAAAACAAAUCCUGAAUAUAGACUUGAAACUGAACAUCUAAAUUACCUAUUAAAAACUUGUCAAAAUUUUGGCAAUCUUAGUGCUGCAUAUAGUUCUUACGAAAAAUACGUAAAAAAUGGAAUUGUGAAACCAGACAAAUCAACUUAUUUAUACUUAUUGGCAACAAGUAUUAAACCUGCUUCAGGUGAUCCAAGAUUAGCUCAAAAAAUAGCAAAUGAUAUAUGGGAUAGUUUGGAUAAAAGCAUGGAUGUGCAAGAUAAUGAUAAUAACUCUGUACCUAUUGAUGACGAAUUGGUCUGUAAUAUACUUGCAACAUACAAAAGUAAUCAUCAUUUAAAAGAUGCGUUUAGUAUUAUUGAUUAUACAUAUGGAAUUGGUAAAUAUCAAUCAUCAUCAUCAGCUUUAAAUUUACCAAUUACACAGGAUUCUUUAAAUACUAUUAUUAAUAUGUGCAUUGAAGGAAGAAGAUAUAUCUUGGGGUUAAAAUACUAUAACCAGAUCAUUGAAAAAUAUCCAAGAAUAGAACCUGAUAUUAGUGCUUACAAUGGUUUAAUGUCUCUGUACAAUUCAACAUAUCAAUACAAUAAAAUUUUAGAAUUAUUUAAUGAUAAAAUAAAAGAUACAGAGAUAAAACCAAAUAGAGAAACAUUCAGAGCAAUGUUGAUGGCAUGCCAUAAUCUUCAUAGUUUAGAUGGUGUAAAAUAUUUCAUUGAAAACUACUCGGAAAUAGGAAUUGAUUUCAAAGAAAUAGAUAUAAUAGAAUUGAUGAGGUCAUCUAUUAAGCGAGCCAGAAUUAAUGGAAAUCCUGAUGAUAUUAUUUGGUUACUGAAUAAAUUAGAUGAGGCAGAUCCUGUCAAUGUCCAAAAUAAACAACUCCCCCAACUUAAAAACAUGAAUAAACCUUUAUACCUAACUAUCAUUAAUCUUGCUUAUGAUAUUGUGUUAGAGGCAGAGAACUUGUCAGAAGAUAAAAAAAUUCAAUGGCAAAAAGACAAAAGGUUUUUUGAAGAAAAAUAUGCAGAGGUUUCUGAUAAACUUGAAAAAAUAUUACAAGACCAAAUGAUAAAUAAUAUUAAAACUCCUACAAAAUCUCUACUAGACAAUAAACUAAAACAAAUGCCUGUGUCAGCACCACCUUCAUCACAAAGACAAUAA